AGGCAGAUCCAGCGGGCACGGGCGCCAUGGCCUCCAGUGGGGACAGCCCUGGGGAUGUUUCUUCGGACUGGGCCGGUGCCAGUCUCCUCGACCUGACCUCACCGGAGCUUGCCAAAGCCAACGCUUCCGUGAUGGACAGUGGCGAAGACUUUGAAGUCCUGGACGAUGAGGAAGAGGAUGACAUGAACGACCUUCCUCCACUGGAGGAUGUGCCCGCCAGCAAGCCGACGGCAGCGAAGGAGGAAGCCCCGGGAUCCAUGUCGGAGCGGCCAGCUGAGGAAGGCUCGGAGACGGCAGAAGAGUGGACGGAUGUCCUGGGGAGCGGUUCGUUGAAGAAGAAAGUCCUAGUAGCCGGUCAAGGCAGGGAGACGCGGCCGGUUAAGGGUCAGGACGUUACCAUUCGAUUAAAAGCCACAUUGGAGGACGGCACGCUGGUGGAGGAGAAUCAGAGCCUCACCUUCACGCUGGGCGAUUGUGAUGUCAUCCAGGCCCUGGACUUAUGCGUGCAGCUGAUGGAGGUGGGGGAGACUGCCCUCAUCCAGUCGGAUCCGAAAUAUUGCCAUGGCUCGCAGGGCAGGAGCCCGGACAUCCCUCCCGACGCGGCCCUCACCCUCGAAGCGGAGCUGCUGGCCGUGCGGGAUGCCCCGGACUUGGAGCUGCUCAGCGGGAAAGAGAAAGUGGAGCUCGCCAACCGCAAGAGGGAACGCGGCAACUCCCACUACCAGCGAGCGGAUUACGUGCUGGCCAUCAACUCCUACGACAUCGCCCUGAAGGUUAUCGGCUCCAGUUCCAAAGUUGAUUUCAGUCCAGAGGAAGAGGCUGAGUUGCUGGACGUGAAGCUGAAGUGUCUGAACAACUUGGCGGCGUCUCAGUUAAAACUGGACCACUACGAGGCGGCCUUGAAGUCCUGCAAUCAGGUGCUGGAGCAGCAGCCGGACAACAUCAAAGCCCUCUUCCGGAAAGGAAAGGUCCUGGCUCAGCAAGGGGAGUACAGUGAGGCUAUCCCUAUCUUGAAAGCCGCGUUGAAACUGGAGCCAGCCAAUAAG